AUGUUCGCAACUCGCAUUGUCCGGCCGGCGACGCAAUUCUCCGGCCAUGUUCGCCGUUACGCGACCGAGUCGACCACCAAAUCCGGUGGCAGCAACACUCUCCUCUACGGCGCUCUCGGUGCUGCGGCCAUUGGAGGAGGCUACUACGCCUUCGCGGGCACCAAGGAUCCCGUCGCCGUCGCCAAAGACACCGCUGCGUCCGUGAAGAGCGGCGCCGCGGUCCCCAGCGCAUCCGCAGAGAAGGUUUUCCGUGGCGGAGACCAGGGCUUCAUCAGCUUGGCAUUGGACAGCGUCGAGAACAUCAACCACAACACCAAGAAGUUCCGCUUCAAGUUUGAGGACCCGGAGGCUGUCAGCGGUCUCAAUGUUGCGAGUGCCAUCUUGACCAAGUACAAGGGCCCCGAGAUGCAGAAGCCGGCAAUUCGACCUUACACCCCUACCAGUGACGAGGAUGAGAAGGGAUUCAUCGACCUGGUCGUGAAGAAGUACCCCGACGGCCCGAUGUCGACACACUUCCACGACAUGGAGCCCGGCCAACGUCUCGACUUCAAGGGACCCAUCACCAAAUACCAAUGGGAGACCAACAAGCACAACCACAUCGCCCUGAUCGCCGGAGGAACCGGCAUCACACCCAUGUACCAGCUCGCGCGCCAAAUCUUCAAGAACCCCGACGACAAGACCAAGGUCACGCUCGUCUUCGGCAACAUCACGGAGGAGGACAUCCUGCUCAAGCGCGAAUUCGAGGACCUCGAGCAGAAGUUCCCGCAGCGCUUCCGCGCCUUCUACGUCCUCGACCAGCCGCCGGAGAAGUGGCAGCAGGGCAAGGGCCACAUCACCAAGGACCUCCUGAAGACCGUCAUCCCCGGCCCGAAGGAGGAGAACGUCAAGAUCUUCGUCUGCGGGCCCCCGGGCCUGUACAAGGCCAUCUCCGGAGGCAAGAAGAGCCCCGCGGAUCAGGGCGAGCUGGCGGGGUACCUCCAGGAGCUGGGAUACAGCAAGGACCAGGUGUUCAAGUUUUAG